GGCGACAAAGGUGAUUAACUUAUACCAUGCAUCAGUGAUUAAACUAAGAUUACUUCUUAUGAGGGUGUAUACUAUUUUUAGGAAAUGGUUAACUGAUCUUCACCCCGUAUUAUUUGUUGUAAAUGUCUUCCAUAAAUUUCAAAUAAUAAUGAUUCGUAACCGUCAUAACUUUUGAAACUUAAUUUGUUCUCUUAUCAAAUGUUCCACUGGUUCAAACUGUAAGCCGUUUGACUUUGGAUGUGAAAUGGGUAGAGUUUUAAGGGAAGAUAUUUAUCCGUUUCCUAUCCCCUAAAUGCAUAAAUUAUUUGUUUACAUCUGAUGAAGUUUUUCUUACCGUCGAAGGGUGGUGGUGAAUUGAAGAUACCCGGUAAACGACUUGCAGCCAUAACCAACCUAGUUGCAGUCCGCACUAAAUUUGCAUGUGAAACCGGGCCAGAGAACUGGCUGUUUGUUUACGCCAAAUAAUAAAUAUACACACGUAGAGGUUGUUUGUAUGUAUUGUUAUACGUUUUUAUAUGGUGAGAAACACAGGGAUAGAAUGACAUUAAAGUUUGAUAAAAUUCUUUACCAUGUGGUGUGUGGGCGGGUGGGUGGCGGAGUGGCAAAUGAGUAGAGGGGUAGAUAAAUUAAGUUUCGACAACUGCUCUUCAUACGCCGGCUUGACAUAAACUCGUCCCCUUCUACAACAACAUCACUAUUGCCAAUGUUAACAAUGUUACUAAAGCUACUGUUUACUACUGAUGAUAUAUGUAGUGAUAAGCAUAUCAGUUCUAUUUAUGAAUUGCAUUGCUAAGCACAAACUCGAUCUAUUUUGAAAUGAGGAGGAGCCUGUUCAAUGGUGCAAUAUACAUGGUGAUUGAAUCUCAAGCAGAUAGACAGAAAUACUAGUUCUCACGGUCUUGACAAUAAAUAGUAGGAGACCUCUUAUUAUUUACUAGAAAGUUUUGCAAAUAAUUGACCAAACACAGUAAUCGGCAACAAAAUACAUCAAUUAGUGUACUCACCCAACAGAAGUAAAAAAAAAAGAGAGACGAAGAUUCACAAACUGUUUGCUGAUCCUAAUAUCGAGUUUACAGUCUAGUUUGAAGAUUGAAAACCUGCUUACUCUGCUGUCGAUUACUCAAGUUUACAUGAAGUAGAUGAUUAUCAAUCUUUAGACGGUGGACAAUCAAUCAGAAUUCAAAAUCUUUUUUUAUAAAACAAAUAUUUCACUUGAGAUAUCUUGUAAGAAAUAAAGGAGGUUUAUAGCAAUAUCAACAGGAAGUGACUUGUUACAGCUCAUGACUCUCAUCUGAUUUCCACAUCAAGAUGUCAGUGAACCACGACGUUUAUAAUUUAUCCCCAAUUUUAUCUGAUGAAUCUACGAAAUCAAAACAACAAACUCACGAGAAAUUUUUUUCACUAAUUAAUGGCCUAGAGUCCGUAUGGUCAUCUAACUGUAGUGAUUCUAAUGGUUUUAAUUACAAUGGUAGUCAUCAAACGUCUUAUUUUACACCGUGGUUAUCUUCAACACAUGCUUCUCAUAAAAAUACAAUUCAGAACAAAUCGAGUCCAUUACCUGAAUCCAAUCUAUGUGAAGAUAUGAAACGACUUCAGACAGAGGACAAAAUGAAUCAGAUUAACAGCAAUAUACCAGACAAUAAAACCAGUAAUCCACUUGACUAUUCUAUACAUUCUCAAAUAAAUAAUCGUUACUGUUCUGCAUUUACUUCUCUUAAAUCACCAGUUAUACCACGAUCAAAAUGUAAUCUUAAUUUAACAAAGAUUCCAAAUAACAAAUAUAUCCAAGAAAGUGAUGCUUCAUUUUCUUGUGCACUCAGCUGCAUCUCGAAAUCAAUAAAUGGUCCUACUAAUGGUGAGGUUAAUCACGAAGUUUCAUUAAAACGUAAAUACUCUAGAAGCCCUUCCAGUACAAGUAGAAAAUAUGCUGACAAAUACAUGAGGACAGAAAACAAUAAGAAAAUUAGUUCCUUUCACUGUAAAAUUGAUAAUACCAAUAUAAAUACGGUCAAUACUGACAGUGAAUACAUUAAUAAUCACUCAAAUAUUGUAGACCACUUAUCAACGAAUAGUUUUCUUAAUGAAUGUAGUCAUUUAAUUAAGAACACUAAUUAUAAAGAUUCAACUUCAUUAACAAGGAAAAGGUUAAAAGUGGAUAAGGACUGUUCUUCACAUAACAUCAAAUCUACUAAUACAUCAGUAUCAAGUACAGCUAUUUCUUCGAGUACAAAGUCCAGCACGAAUGACGGCAGUGCAAACGAUGUUAUUCCCAAAGAUAAUGACAAUAAAAAUGGAACGAAAAGUAGCACAGUGUCUACAGCAGCUUAUAAAUACUUAACAUGGCGUGAAAAAGAUCGUCGACGAAGAUUUCGUGAGGAAUGGAAGCAUUUAUGGCUUGUUAUACCACAUGGACUCUAUGAAGUUAUGUGCCUUGUAUGCCAUAAGGUUAUGACGCAAAGAAAAUUAGAUACAAUAAAACGCCAUACUGUUAGGAGACAUGCAGAACUAUUGAAAAUGCCAGAAUCAGAUAGACAAGAAUUAUUUGAUCAACUACUUAAACAGCAUAAUACACUUGGAAAUACAAACACCAAUGCAUUAAGCGAUGAACAUAACAAACUAAUUCAAACAUCAGGUGAUUUGUGUAAAUCUAGUCCCCAGAAAAAUUCACGUAGCUCGUCAAACAUACAACAGUCUAAUACAAUUACACAUGGCCGUUUGCACCAAACUCCUGACUGCUUGACUAAUCAAGCAUCUGAAGCCAAUUCUGAAGGAAGUCCAAACAGGUUGAAUAGUAUCCCAUCAAAAUAUACACCCAUAUCCCAACGUACACCACGCAAAGGAAAUUUGUGUGGUAAGUCGAAUCAUAUAGUAAAUACAAAUAUUGAACACAUAAGAAAUUUCUCUUCCAGUGAAGGAAAUUGUCUUCCGAAACUGCCACUAGAAGAUAUGCUUACAGGAAUUUUGAAUGCCAUGCCCUUAAAUUUACGAUUAGAAUGGUAUGACCAUUUAAAAUUGCUUGGAAAUGCACCACCUCUUACUAAAUUACAGCCUAGUAGAUUAUCGAAUUGUUGCAGACAUCCAGAAUAUCCUACUUCUUCAAGCUUUUUUCGUACGCCAGGGUUCGGCAUGUCACAAUGUUCUGGUGCUGCUUCAAAAUCUAGUACAAUUAUGCCACCGAAAUCACCAAUUUCGACGAAAAUGUCAAACUCUGAUUGCUCGUUUUUCUGUCCACAUCCUAGUACCAUUCCUAAUAUUUCCCAGCUGGAAAAUUUUGCACAUUCUUUAAAGUCAUUUCAUAGACUAUAUGAAGCGUCUGGACUAAUACCACCACCACUAUCUUUAUUUAUGCAACCAGAAAAAUAUCCUAGUGUUCAUAAUCCAGAGAAUUUGACCAGUUAUGAGAAACAAACUUCAGACUUCUGCUUCAAUAACAGAAACACAAACACUGGCAAAAAUAGUAAUUUCCUUGACAAUCUCAACAUGAAUCAUGCAGAUCAGGAUGAUUGUAUCAUUAACGGUAGAAGUAAUUUUAAAAAUGUCUCAACAGCCAACGCAUAUUCCAGUUAUCAAUUCAACCAAACAUUAAAAAGUUCAUUGCAUAAUUGUCAAAAUACAAGGUCAAGUCAACAUUCAGACACAGUAAUGAAUGUAUCGGACUAUUUAGCGAAUCAUAUGUCAGCCUACCAAACUUCUACUUUUUCAUCUAAUCCUGGAAUAACAGAAUCCCAAGCAUUUAUGAUGAGUCCCUGGUUCACAUCUCUGUUAAAUUCUGCAAAAACCUCAAACCAAUCAGUUUGUAAUUCGAUAUCUUCAAACUUACACAAACCAAUAUGGGAUAUCCCUCCGUGUACAGAAAACUCCACACUUGUUGUAAACUUUCCUAAUUCUGACUGCUUCAACUCCAGUUCAUUGAAUUCUUUUGCUGUUAAUCAACAAUCUCCCUCCAACUUUAAGCCAAAAAGUGAAUUUAUCACUCCAUCAUUUAACCAGGAAGUUAUUAGUCCCUGCCAAGUGAACUUAGAUAUCAAACCAAAAUUGAAUACUGAUUUGAAUAAAUUUACUAUUUCAUCUUUAUUGAAUAAGGAGUAUCAUCCGACGGGAAAAUCGAUAUUGACGCCAACAGAAGAGAGUGAUGAUCUACAGCCUGAUAACUCAAAUAAGCAGAAAAACAUCUUAAGCGACACCAAUUUAUCUUCCCGUUUAAAUGAUCUCGACAAAAUAUACAGUUUAAAAUCUAUCCCAGAAUAUAUUUCAUGUUUGUUUUGUGGAGUCAAUGAAAAGAAAAUGGAGCUCGCACCUGAUAUUUUAAAUCAACUCCAUGAGUAUGGACUACAAGCGAAUAUAUUAUCUAAUAUCUUAACAAAGCCAAUCAAUCUGGAGAAGAGAAAAUGUUCAGCUUUCACUGAUUUCACUGAGAUAUCCAAUUCAUUAUUUAAAUGCAAAGAAUUAGACACGGAAGUAAAUUUAUUUGGAGCUGAUCAAGUGAACAGUGAAACUUUACAUAAAGGAAUUCAAAUACCAGUUAUGGAUUUAAAUAGCAAACUGAGUCAAGAUGUAAAUGAUUUAGAAACCUAUAUGCAAAUUUAUUACACUGAAGUACUGAAACAUCAUUGUGAUAAUAUUCAGAUUAAACGUCAUCUCAGUCAACACACAGCAUCAGAAUGCCUUCUGACAAGUGGAGGAGGUAAAUUCUGUCCCAAAAUUACUACAGACAUGUAGUGGAAAAUAUCCAUUUAGAACUUAUGUUACAAGCAAACUACAAAUUCGAAAUUUCUGCAGCAAAAUAGACAGACUAUUGUAAAGGAGAACUCUUCUCUACAGUACACAAAAGUGAACUCUAGAUGUAAAUCCAUAGUUAUUCAAUUUGAAGAUACAUCCAGGGAAGUUAACCGCCAGACAACAAAGUUUUGUAAACAGAUAGAGAAACACACAAUCAAUUCAGUAAAAUAAUUCUCGAGAAGUUUUAAAGAAAUUAACACAUUUUAAAGUAUCAGGUCACACAUAAUACGAACACUUUAAAUGGUUCAAUGAAGUGAACUGUGUAGUUAGCAGUGUCUUUUGCCAGGUUAUUCGUUUGAUCACUACUGAAUGUUUUCCAUUUUCAUGUCAAAAAAAUUAAAGCUGAACAGCAGUUGUUGGAGAGAAUAACUUCAGAUAAGUAAAAGGAAAAGUGUUGAGAAUUUCAAUGAAACUGUGUUCAAUCAACACCAGUAUAGUUUCAGAUAUUUGGUAUGUCUUUCGACAGAAAGCUUUAGUUAUACUGAGUCAGUCAGAGUUGUACACAUCAAAUAAUUUAUGCUCUGUUAAAGCAACUAUUUCAAAGCAAUAUUCUACAUCCUGGAAAACUGAAGUGAUAAUAUCUUUAAUUUCUCUGUUUACUCUUUCUCAUUUAAAUUUCUUUCAGGACAACAAUUUUAUAUCAUUCUCUACCAGUUGUACUUAACAAUAACACUUAUUGUACAUGUAAUUAUUUCGUCACAGUUUAUUUUAAUUUGACAGAUUCCUUUUUUGGCAUCAAUAAUUGCAUAAUAUUUUACAUGAACAGUUGUAUAUUGGAUAUUCAUUAAUUUGUAGGAAUGUUACUUGCUUACAGUUACUAAUUCUACUUUGUAAAAAAAAUAUUUUUCUAGAUUUUGAUGAAUUUCUUCAUUGGAAAUUAAAUUUCUUCUUAUCAAUUCCGAUAGUCAGCAUAAAUCCACGAUUUUCUUGUAACUAAGAUAUAACUGUCUAAAAUAACACGAGUUUGCAAAUCAGUCAUUACAUGAAGAUUAUCUUUGUCAACUUUUGUUGAUAAUACAGUGAUAUACCUUCUCUGUUUUCUUCCACUUGCUUUUGAGCAUACUCUUAAAUCAAAAUAAUCCCAUGAAUGUGUUCUUUAUAAAUUGGAAAAAUAAAUAUUUCAUUUUUGAGACGAAUGGGAAUUUUUAAGUUAGAGGUAUUAUUCAUCAUGGACUGACAUCAGUUAGGGAACUACUGGC